AUGGAGCACCGUUCGUUGACUCUACCCGACUACCUCGUAUGGGGAGGCUUCAUCUGCGCGCUUGGAUGGUUUGCCUGCUCUACAAGAGCGCUUUACAUCUUGAUUGAUCAUCCUCUAGACGAGGAGACAAGGAGCGACUCCGUCGAAUACCUGAAACUUAACUCAACGUGGAACACAUACUCCAACUUGGUCGUCAACUGGACACUCAACUUUGGCACCGAUCUGCUGCUAUUCGGCCUGCCAUUUUUCAUCUUCAACUGCUUGAAGCUGCGUAGAAGACAAAAGGUCGGCCUGGUAGGAAUCUUCUCUCUAGGCGCCAUCACCAUGGCAAUCAGUCUCGCCCGUUUCAUCGUCUACAACAUGGACUACGACAUCGCCGACGCCGACGGCACCAUCAUCGUCGUCUCGCUCCCGUCGUUAAAGGCACUCAUCAUCAAGCCCACACCCGCUACCUCAUCCAACCGCAGCAACUCAGGCUAUCUGCAAGCUGGCUCUGGCAAAACGAUUGGUAGCAAAGGUAUCAACUUCAACGGGCACAGCUCGAACAUUCAGGGCGGCACUAUGGACGAUGAAAUGGAGUUGACUUUUCUGGACCGAAAGGCUAGCCCUACACCAACUGGAACCACUGAUGGGUCACGCUUGCAAGAUGGGAAAGAUAAUGUAAUGGUGACUACAGAUUUCGAGGUCACCAGUACGAGGAAUGUGUUUUAG